ACAAUCUCAAAGUGUUCAAACAUUUUUGUAUUGCUGACGAUAAAUGAAAUUUCUGUUUUCUGUUAUUUGAAUACACACAUCAUUUUAAUUGCAAUGCGCGACGUUUAAUUAAAGUGAUUGCUUUAACGAUUCCGACAAAAUGCAAGGAAAAAUGAAAUUAGUUUUACAUUGAACUUUUUAUUUUAUCUUCCGCUUAUAGUUUUAUGAAUAGGAAAAUAUUUGCACGCGAAGUGAUGAUUUAAGUGAGAUUUGAAAAGAUGCAGCAAUUACUGCUAAACUUUGUUGGUCAAAUUGUUUGAGUUUCGUAUGAGUUGAAAUCGCGCCCACAUUUCAUUUAAACACGUGAUGAGAUGAAAACAAAAAUACAAAAUAUGAGUCACACAAGAAACAUUUUUGUUUUCAAUUUUUAGUUACAAGAGAAAAGACAAAUCUUAUAACAUUAUUUAAUGAUAGAAUCACAACAUUCGCAACACAUGACAUUUGAGUGAAUUUUUCUUUAUAUCGAAACACAACUUGAAGAGAUAAAUAAAAAAAAGGAAGUGAGAGAGAAAGUAUUGCUUCCCAUUUAUUAAAAUUAUCACAUGCAUCGAUUUCUAUUUGUCUUUGGGAAAUGUUUUGUAACAAUUGAUUAAUAGGAAAAAGUAAGAAUCGAUCUUAAAAUGGGAGCAUUUCUUGAGAAGCCCAACACAGAAAAGCACAAUGAGACUGGAGAAGGAAAUGGUCUUCGUUAUGGGGUCAGCUCGAUGCAAGGAUGGCGAUGUGAAAUGGAAGACGCUCAUUUCGCAAGAACAAACUUAGGAGAAGAUUUAUCUGAUUGGAGUUAUUUUGCGGUGUUUGAUGGUCAUGCUGGCUUUAAAGUAUCAGAACAUUGUGCAAAACAUCUACUAGAAGCGAUCAUACUCUCAGAUGAAUUCAAAAGUAGUGACGUUGUAAAGGCAAUUCAUUCAGGAUUUUUGAAUUUGGAUAGUAAAAUGCGUGACAUACCUGAACUUGCAAGUGGAUCUAACAAAUCAGGAACAACAGCAGUGUGCGCUUUCAUAUCAAACGAAAAUAUUUACAUUGCAAAUUGUGGAGAUUCUCGUGCUGUUUUAUGUCGAAAUGGCGUUCCAAUCUUUUCAACACAAGAUCACAAGCCAAUUUUACCUGGUGAAAAGGAACGAAUUGUUAAUGCCGGUGGAUCGGUAAUGGUGCAACGUGUAAAUGGAAGUUUAGCUGUCUCACGUGCUCUUGGUGAUUACGAUUACAAGAAAGACACGGAAUUGGGACAAUGCGAGCAACUUGUUUCACCUGAACCAGAAAUCUUCUGUAAAGAACGGGAUCCACAAGACUAUUUCCUUGUUUUGGCUUGCGAUGGUGUAUGGGACGUGAUGAGUAACGAGGCAGUUUGCAGUUACAUUACCAAUCGUCUGCGAAUAACUGACGAUUUAGUAUUGAUAUGUAACCAAGUGAUAGAUACAUGCUUGCAUAAAGGUAGUCGCGAUAACAUGAGCAUUAUAUUAAUUCUCUUUCCCGGCGCCCCACAAAAAUCCCCAGAAGCGAUUCAAGCUGAGGAGGAGCUCGAACGAAACAUACGUAAAACUAUCAAAGAAUUCACUGAAGACUCGGAGGCUGUAUAUGAUGUGAGCACAUUGAUGAGAAUGUUGAACAGCAGCAACAUCAAUUGGCCCGCUGGAGGCGGAAUGGAAUCAAAAUAUAAACUCAUCACAGAAGUAUUCAAAGAAUUCUGCCCUGAUCUCGCUGAAACGGACCUGGAAUUGUAAAUUGCUCUAAAAACUUAACAGAAACAGAAAAAAGAAGAAAAAAAAUCAUAUUUUCAGCCAAAUAACAAUGGAACAACAUUUUUUAAAACACAUAACUAAAACGAUUAAGAAAAAGAAAAAAAUUCCGUUGAAGUUAAAGAACUUACUUAUUUUAAAUAUGUUUUGUAUGAAAAGAAAGAGAAACUCGCUUAAAUCUUUCUAGAGAUGAGGUGACUUAAUGUACCCCUCCCAAUUGUAAAAAGAAUUUUUCUUUUUCUUAAUUAUUAUUAUCAUUUAAUUUAAGUUUUUUAGGACAUUCGAUUAGUUGUGAGAGUCUUAAAAACCUUUUUUUUUCUUUAUCACAACUCUUUCAAUUUCAUUUUAUUUAUAUAGGCAAGAAAAGGAUGAGAAACAAAAUAAAUGAUUUUUUUUUGCAACAGAGUAAACCGAAGCUAAGAUUACAUUUGAAAUUAAAAUAGAUGAAAAAGAAAUGUUCAGAGAAAUUGAUUUAAGAAAAUUAAGUUGUUUUGCAUAGUGAUAACUGAUAACAGAAAAAUAAUAAAAAAAAUAUUUGUAAUAAAAUCUAAAACAAUUGGAUGAAGAAAAAUCAUAUGGAAAAAUGAAACUAUGAUGAUGAGGGUAAAAAUGUUAAUUAAGGAAAAGUACAAAAUAGGGACAAAACUUUACUUAAUUUUUGUUUGUUUUUUUUUAUGAUUCAAUCACACAUACAUUUAACUUUAUUCAAUUUAUUAAUAUUUUAUUUCUUCCUAAUAGCUACUUUUAUGUAUUUAGCAACAUUAAUUAGAUCACCCAUGAUGAUGUUAAAUAUUAACAUAAGUAAAUAUGUUUUCUUCUUGUAGCAUAGAAAAAUGUUUUUUAAGAAUUUAAUCUUAACAACAUCGUUUUGUAUACACUUAAUUUUAUUAUUCUGAAAACUUCAGUUUUAGCUUCUUUUUAUUUUAACACUUCUCGCUCAGAGAACGGAAUUUAAAAAUAAAACACAAAUUGAUUUUAUGCAAUAAUAUUUCAUUGUUUUAUGUGUUUAUUUUUAUAAUUUUCAUCUUUAUUCACAUUCUCAGAGUCGUUUGAAAGAUUUUAGAAACUGCUUGACAGAGGAAAACUAAUUGAAAGUGUGCCGUUUCAGUAGAAGCGUCCCUUCUGAAUAAAAA